GAAAAAUUUGCGCACUACACACAACUCGCCCGUGCAGGAGAACACGAAGCAAUAGAGAGGAGCCCUAGAAGAAGAUGGACGAUCCGGCUUUCUGCACAAUCGAAGUAACCUGUGGUUUCAUCAAAGGCACGGUGACGUUGUUACCGGAUGGAAAACAGUGCUACAGUUUUCGAGGAGUGCCCUAUGCUGUUCCGCCGACUGGAGACCUACGGUUCCGUCCUCCUCAACCGUUGCACCGAUACUCCGAACGCCCAUUAGAUUGCACCGUUGAGCGGAGUGUUAGCUUGGCCAGCAGCUACCUGCCACCGGAUAGUGUUGGCUCCGAAGAUUGUUUGUUUUUGAACGUCUAUUCGCCCGUUAAUCCAUCAAAGGAGGCCAACGAUCGUAUCCCGGUGAUGGUGUGGCUGCACGGUGGAGCCUUCUGUACCGGAAGUGGCGAUUCAUCCAUCUACCAUCCAGAGUGGUUGGUCAGGGAAGGUGUGAUUGUAGUCACGGUCAAUUAUCGUCUCGGACCGGCCGGUUUCCUGUGCUUGCCGUCAGUGGGCAUCUUUGGAAAUAUGGGCUUGAAGGACCAAAGGUUGGCGCUGCGGUGGGUUCAUACCAACAUUCACGCCUUCGGCGGAGAUGCCACCAAUGUGACGCUGUUCGGGGAGAGUGCUGGUGGUGUUUCGGCGCAUCUGCAUUGUCUUUCGCGAGGAUCCCGUCCACUGUUUCACAAAGUUAUCCUUCAAUCGGGUGCCGCGACCAGUCCGAUUGUGUUUCAAAAAGGUCCACGAGGAAAUACUCGUCGGCUGGCUGAAUAUUUCGGUUGCCCGGCAGAGGCCCCUGAUAGCCAGGUAUUAGACACGCUAAUGAACAUCGCUCCGGAACUGUUGGCCAAGCACCAGCAAGAGGCACUGACGGCGUACGAGCGAACGCUCGAUCAUGUGUAUCCCUUUCGACCGACCGUAGAAGAGGCUAGCGCUAUCGAUCCCAUAAUAACGGAGGAUGUGUUCGAGCUUCUGAAGCAACCGAACGCACCGAGCAUUCCGAUGAUAGUUGGAGUGACCGACGGUGAAGCGUUGUACAAAAUAAACACCUUCCGGCAACACAUCGAUCGGUACAAACGGGAACCGCAGCGCUUCGUUCCAGACACUCUCCAUGUGCCAGCGCAGGAACGGGAUGCGAUUGCUAGGCAAAUAAUUACGUUCUACUGCGGUUCAGAGGAACCAUCCUUACGCCAUGAGCUGCAGUUGAGUCAAAUAUUUACCGACAUUUUGUACCUGAUGCCGGCGGUUCAGGCCGCCGAACUCCAGCUGCAAUAUCAAACCGGUGACGUAUACUUUUACACGUUUUCGUGUGAGACGGAGCUUAACAAAUUCCGGCAGCUUUGGAAGGUGCCCUCAGAGUAUCGUGGCGCAGGUCAUGCGGACGACGUGUGCUAUCUGUUCAGCUCCAAGUUUUUACGCACCGACACGAUCGACGUUAGGAGCAACGCAGGACGAUUGAGGGAAAGAAUGUGUAGCCUUUGGGCCAAUUUCGCGAAGACUGGCAAACCUUCCAGUGUGUGGAAGCCACUUGUAAGAGAUUCAGAUCCAGCGCUCUUCUGCCUUAAGGCCUUAAACAUUGGGAAUCGUGAGCUAGUGAUGAAAGAGCGGUACCUCGAUGAACGCGUUCAGUUUUGGAGACAACUUGUGUCGAAAUAUAAUCACACUUAUUGAACCGAUCCCCAAACAAGCCGCGGAUCGCGAUGUCGUAAGAUAUGUUCAAGGCCAGAUACACGCUGAGCACCCGCUACAGGAGAGCCUCUUUACUUUCCCGUUGGAGGGUAGGAUGUUUGA